CCACAUCCCACCUCACCUCAACUCACCACAUCAACCAUCGCCCGCUUUUCGUGGUACUCCAAAGGCUUGUCAUCUAACCCGAUUUCAUUCUCACGAAAUUGCCACAGCCGCUGGCGCAUCGAGCAAACGAAAGGAUGGAUCCCCUCGAAGAGUCGCCAUGGGGCGAUUCGCAACCCACCUCCGAGCCCUCGACCCAACAGCAGCCCUCCCAAAGCGAAGAGUCGACGUCGUCGCAGCCCGCGGCCAAGUCAGACGCACCCAGCACGGCGUCUGCACCUCGCCCUUCACGCUCCGGACCUGUCCGCCGCCUCGUAUCCGCCCAACCUACCCGCCUCGAAGCCGUCGACGAUCCCCUCGGUCCUCUGGGUCCCCUCGGCGCUCCCGCCGCCGCAGACAAUGGCGCCGAAGCCGGUCAGGAUGCUCCGCCCGUGCCGCCGCAGAAGGAGCAGAUGGUGAUCCGCACCUCGAUGCCGCCCCAGCAGGGCCGCCGCGCCGGACCUUCCGACCCUCAUCACAUCGACGAGGACGAUUACGACCGUCCGUCUGGCCCGAGGCAGCCGCCGCCCGUCCAGGCUGCGCAUCCUAGCCCGGUGCGGACGCAUACUCAGCCUAGCGUCAGCGUCGAGCAGGCUAGCAAGCCGAGCUUCCAGAUCACGGUCGGCGAUCCGCACAAGGUUGGCGACUUGACCAGCUCGCAUAUCGUCUACUCUGUCAGGACCAAGACCUCCUCAAAGGCCUACAAGCAGCCCGAGUUCGAAGUAAAGCGCAGAUACCGUGACUUCCUCUGGCUGUACAAUACGCUGCACGGAAACAACCCGGGUGUCGUUGUGCCGCCGCCGCCGGAUAAGCAGGCUGUCGGUCGGUUCGAGAGUAACUUUGUCGAAGGACGUCGCGCCGCUUUGGAGAAAAUGGUGAACAAGACUGCUGCGCACCCUACUCUACAGCACGAUGCCGACCUGAAGCUGUUCCUCGAGAGCGAAUCGUUCAAUGUCGACGUCAAGCACAAGGAGCGAAGGGAACCGAUCCCCGGAGAAAGCAAGGGUGUCCUCGGCAGUCUGGGUAUUAACGUCGGUGGCAGCAGCAAGUUUGUCGAGCAAGAUGACUGGUUCCAUGACCGCAAGGUUUACCUCGAUGCGCUUGAGAACCAGCUCAAAGCGUUGCUCAAGGCCAUGGAGACAAUGGUUGGCCAGCGCAAGAUGAUGGCCGAGGCCGCUGGAGACUUUUCGGCGUCUCUACACGCUCUGUCCACGGUUGAGCUUUCGCCCUCGUUGUCGGGCCCGCUGGAUGCGCUGUCCGAGCUGCAGCUGACGAUCCGCGAUGUCUACGACCGUCAGGCCCAGCAGGAUGUUUUGACCUUUGGCAUCAUUAUCGAGGAGUACAUCCGCCUGAUUGGGUCAGUCAAGCAGGCGUUCAGCCAGCGACAAAAGGCGUUCCACUCGUGGCACUCUGCCGAGUCAGAACUGCAGAAGAAGAAGGCCUCGCAGGACAAGCUCCUGCGGCAAGGCAAGAGCCAGCAGGACAGGCUGAACCAGGUCAGCGCGGAGGUCGGCGACGUGGAGAGAAAGGUGCACCAGGCCAGGCUCUUGUUUGAGGACAUGGGCCGGUUGAUGAGGGCGGAGCUGGACCGCUUUGAGAGGGAAAAGGUGGAGGACUUCAAGAGCGGCGUUGAGACCUUCUUGGAGAGCGCGGUAGAGGCACAAAAAGAGUUGAUUGAGAAGUGGGAGACGUUCCUCAUGCAGCUGGAUGCCGAGGACGACGAGACGGUCUUUUACCGGCCGCCCGUCAUCCAACCCUCGGGCAAGCCGCCCGGCAACACAGCCAUUGACAGGGCUCGUGCCACCAUCAACGACGACUCUGACUAGAAGCCCGAGGCACGGCGUCCGCUGAUUCACUAUAUUAUACCUACGCAUCACAGCAGCGGUUUCUUCUUCGACCCCACGGCGCACUGGGACGAGUGACGAGUGAAUAAAGUCUGGGCAGCAAGUGCACAUUGUGGAGCCUAUCCUUUCUUGGUUGUAGUAGUUGUGGUUGUUGUACAUAUCUGACAGUAGAAGAAACCCCAUGGGCGGUAUAAGGGGCUCCCGUAAUCCACCUCCUCCUCUGACCACGCUUUUGUUCGCCCCUCUCGGCGGUUCUCCGUGAAAUUCUCCUUUUUAAUACAAUGAUCCGGCUCUAUGCAUCGUACAAGCUUCUUUUCUCGCCAGCUAUACGCAGGGGGAUGCUGAUGACAGUGGUGAUGGUUUUGUUUGCGUCAUGCUCUCGCGCUGCCUUAUUUCUUUCCCUUCUUGCCCUUCUCCGGUGCCGCCACCUUCUUGGGGGGCUCCUUGGCAGCCUGCUGCGGCUGCAUCGCGGCGUACCCGCUGAUCAAGUCGCCCAUGUCGAAGAUGUCGUCGUCCUCGGGGGUGGCGGCCGGCUGGGCUGGCUUCGCGGUCUCCUUUGCCGGGGCGGCAGCAGCAGCAGCAUCCUUUCCUGUGGCAGCAGCGUCCUUUCCAGCAGCGCCCUUUCCAGCGUCCUUUGCAGAAGAGGUUGCGGCGGCGGCGGCGGCGGCGUUGAGCUCCUCCUCUGUCGGCUUCUUGGCGGCCAAAUCGAACCCGCGACCGAAGCGCUCACGGAAGGCCGCGAGUUUUCCGGCCUCGUCGACUUCCACGUUCUUGAGGGACUUGUCGGAGGGUUGCCAGAGGGCGUGGUUGCGGGAGUCCUUUGCGGAGCGGACGAGGGGGGAGGGGGAGGUGGUGCGGACGGUGUAGGUGCUUCCAUCGGAGAGCUGGAUGAGCUGGGUGAAGGUGUAGGGGCGGCGGGGGCGGGGGAUGAAGGUUGCUGCGCGGGAUUGCUGGAUGCUUCCUAUCCGUGGUGAGGAGGCGGAGAGUGUGGCGCCGGAGCAGGAGGAGGUUGUGAGGGAGGGCCGGUGGGACAGGAGGCUUGUUGGCCUGGGCAGGUGGGUUGGGAGCUUGCCCAUUUUUGCGGAUGUUUCGUAUGGUUCGAGGAGUGGUGGAGGAAAGCUCAAUUGGAUCGGAGGCGAGAAAGAGCUCUGGGAGGAUCGUGGGGAGGGAUUGGCGCUGGCGGAAGCGGUGCGACGGGCGGAGGGGGAGCGGCGCGCGUGGGCGAAAAGGAGAAUUUGUUUGAAGCUUUUGGCGAU